GAAAAUGGUUAUUGCCUGACGCAGAUCAGCGAAUCACACAAGCAUGAAUUACUCGUAUACUGUGAUCUGUCUGCUGCUCAUUGCUGCCUGCCUGGUGGUGCCCGGAGCGGCUCGAGGCGGUCGUGGACGCGGCGGUGGCUCAUUUGGUGGCCUCUUCGGUGGUUGGCGUAGCAAAUAUGGCAGCAAGUCUUCGUCUUCAGGCAGCGGUAGACGCGUGAUGAGCGGCUCUCCAGUGCACACAGCGAUGACUGUACCCAAGGUACCGCCGCCCCCACCACCACCAGCGAAGCCCAUGUCCAUGCCGAAGCCACAAGUGGGCAACUAUCCACGACAGCAACUGCCGCCAGGCUACAGCUAUGCGCCAGGUACAGGACAGGGAACAUACUACGCGAAUUCACAGGCACUGCCCACUGGAGCUAUCUACUAUCCACAGUCACCCAUGGGUAUGUCCAUGGGAUCAGGUACAAGUGGUUUUCUGACUGGCAUGCUGGCUGGACGGCUAAUGGACGGCAUGCUCUAUGGGCGCCAUCAUCAUGUAUCCCAUGUCUAUCACCAGAAUCAGCAGGGAGAGUCAGCAACCUCCGAUAGUGGUCGACAGAUUAUAAUUAUUAACAAUGGACAGCACCAGGCAGAAGGAGAAGGCAGAAUGGCAGAUUCGGAUUCCGAUUCGGAUUCGAAACAGGUGAUGCCAGAGAAUCCACAGACCCAAGUAGAGGAAGGGCAAGAGAGAAAUUCCAGUGAGGAGGCGACAUCGGAUAGCACUGCCCCAGCAGCGCCACCUGCUGGCGGCAUUGUGUGCUUUCCCAUCAUGCUUAAUGAAACGGAUCCUCAGAACUCGGAGGUGGUGCGUGAAGUGGAACGCGUGGUUUGCUUCCCCGCCCCGCCCAGCAUCGAUCCACAAUUGGCAAACGUCGAUUGUCAAAAUGAUCCACAGUGCAUCCUUGACUUGGGCAGCAGCACCACCAGCACAGAGCCACCAGUUGUUGCUGGUGAUAUUGGUGGUGCAACUGAAGGAGAAGCAGAUGAUAAUAAGGAAGGAGAUGAAGAAGGAGACGAAGAAGGAGAAGGAGACGGAGACGGAGACGGAGACGGAGAAGAAGAAGUAGAACUAGAAGAGGAUGAAGCAAGCAGCACUAUAUCCCAUAUGGAUACUACGCAAAAUUAGCCUUUAAUAGUAUAUCUUUUAAGCUUAUAUUCAAAUAAAACUUUAAUUGGACUCUGAGCUAAAGCUAUUAAGCUUUGAAUCUCAUUACUAAUUUAUACACUAUACGGUGGAUACUAAAGUUAAA